AUGGAGUUUGACAAGUACAGCGGUCCAGUGUUCCUGACCACCGUUGAUGGCAGGAAGAUUGUCCCGAUUCUCCCAGUAGAGAGGGACUUCCUCAUCGGAACCACUCCCUGCACUCGCACGCAGUUUCCCCUGAUCGUAUGCUACGCUAUUACUGUUCACAAGUCGCAAAGCAUCACUGAAGAUGUGAUCGUUACAGAUCUCUCCUGCCGGGACUUUCAGACCGGUUUGAGCUAUGUAGCUGUCUCUCGAGUGAAAACGCUCCAGGGCCUAAUGCUGGAUGGGCCAUUUGAUCGUAAUCACCUGUUUCAUGAGUCUCCUCCAGAUGGUAUGAAGAUGAAGCUGCGGGACCAAGAGCUAAGGAAACGGCAGGUUCUUACACGGAAUCCCUACAAGGUAGACCACGGUUCUGCAUAA